AAGAGUUUCACUACCUAAAGUCACACAGACCCAGGACAGUGCAGGAGGAAGACACAGCUAUAGAUGUAUAUUAGAGUUGAGGUUAGAUGUAGAAGUUACUGUAUUUUAUCAGCAGUGUGUUAAGAUGUCAGAGGGAGUCUAUGAAAACCCAGAUGGAUUUAAUGACGAUGAGCCUGAUGCAAUGAAGAACACAGACAUUGAUGGCCAAUCAUAUGCCAACGUAAGAGCCUUCAAGCCCAGUCCAAGAGAUGGAGUUGGUGCUUCAGUACCUGUGUCCACAGAGCCUGAUAGCUCAGGGAAGAGACCCUUCCUAGUUGCUGCAGUGUGUCUGGGGCUGCUGUGUGUUCUACUGGCUGGGAUCAUAGGCCUGUCUGUCUACUAUUAUGGGGUCUCUAAGAGCUUCUUAGCCUAUAAGACCAACUCAUCUGCAGUGAUAGAACAGCUACAGACCAGCUACAACAACCUGACUAAAGAGAGAGACCAGAUACAGACCAGUUACAACACAAUGACUAAAGAGAGAGAAUACCUACAGACCAGCAACAACAACCUGACUAAAGAGAGAGACCAGCUACAGACCAGUUACAACACCAUGACUAAAGAGAGAGACCAGCUACAGACCAGUUACAACACCAUGACUAAAGAGAGAGACCAGCUACAGACUGAGAGAGAUUUUCUUAACUGGAGGCUUACCAAUCUCAGCUGGCAGAAGUUUGAAUCCAGUUGGUACUUCCUGUCUACUGAGUCCAAAACCUGGAAGGAGAGCAGAAAGGACUGUUUGAAGAGAGGAGCAGACCUGGUGAUCAUAAACAGUGAUAAGGAACAGACUUUUCUCUUCAACCUCAAGAAGAGAGUCUGGAUUGGUCUGACUGACUCUGUUAAGGAGGGGACCUGGAAAUGGGUGGACGGCACCCCACUGACCACGAGGUACUGGAAUGACAAGCAGCCUGAUAGUAAAGAUCCUACUGGGGAGGAGGACUGUGUUGAGAUACAUACAGAUUGGACUCCACUUAAGGCAUGGAAUGACAUGUCAUGUGACAGGAAACUCAACUGGAUUUGUGAGAAAGUGUUUUAACAUCACCAUGACAACGUACUAUAACACAUACAGCAGUUUAUAGUUUACACAACUUUAUUCUUCAUUCUCUCUCUCUCUCUCUCUCUCUCUCACACACACUCACACACACACACACACUCUCUCUCUCUCUCUCUCUAUCACACUUACACACAUUUUCACACACACCCGCACACACACAUACAUGCAGGUACACACACGCAUUCAAAUGCACCUAUUGUUGUAAUAGUUUGUUGUAUCAUAUUAAUAAAAUUCCUACUUUU